UGCUGGACCAUAUUAUAGACACCCUACCUCAGCACGAACACAGAGCUGCCACAAUGGUUAAUACUAGAAAGCGAAGCCGUGAACCUGAGUUCAGCGACAAAGAUGUCAGGGAAACAAAGCGCCGAUCGGGCGCGCUUACAGUCACUGUAUGCGAGAACAUUGUUGACCUGACGCUAAGUGACAGCGACGACGGCAAUGAUAAACAAACUUGUGCCGCGAGCGCUUCGAUAGCGACGAUUGCGACGAUUGCGACAACAGACAACGACAACCACCCAUCUCCAAUAAUUCCUCUGGGCCCACAGAUAGGUCCUGAAGAUAUUUGCUUUGGAAUGCUCAGUAUGCGAGCAACUGCCUCCGAUGCCGGACGUCUUCCAGCCACAUCUACAGCAGCAACCCUAUCUUUUGAGGACAACCUGAUUCGAAUUCACUUGGUAGGGGUAGAGAGGUCCGUGGCAAUUCUCGUCUGCAAGCCGCUGCCGCUGUUGCUCUCCCGCUUUGCCAUCACGCUGAAAGCGACAAUCUGCGGUCGAGCACCGAAGCCCAUUCUGGAGAAACAAAGAGGCAACACUGUUAGCAGCUCAAAUAUCACGAUGGGCGCCAUGCUCUACUCGGUCCGGAUAUUUGUCUACGGUCAGGUUUACCAAAAGGAACAGGUAGGGGAUUUCCUGGCUGCGGAGGGCUUGUUUUUGCAACAUCCCCAUGCAUCGGAGAUAGAGUACGGCGUGAAGUACUUGAAUCCACAGUACUUACUCCCACCGGGUAGUGAGACGAUGCCGUCGCCCGACAAGCUCUCAGUCUCGACGUGCUGCGUGGGCCGUGAAAGGCCAGGGCCAGACGCACUGGAUGACGUGGAGAAGAACGCAAUCUAUCGAAUCUUCAAUACUUUCAACGGUCCAGGAGAAAUACAAACAGAUAUCAAGCCCAGUCUUCGGCUUACCACAACCUUGAAAAGGCACCAAAUUGAGGCUUUGGUAAUGAUGAUCGAGAAGGAAGAAGGAAUCUUCGAGGGCGCACAAUUUCCUUCCAUGUGGGUUCCCUUUAAGGCGCCCGACGGCAAGUUCCGAUAUCAAAACAUCGUCACCAAGCUGUUCGAGACUGAACGACCUGUUUCUGUCCGUGGCGGGAUUCUGGCAGAUGAAAUGGGGCUAGGGAAGACGCUCUCAAGUCUUGCGCUUAUCUGCCACUCGCUGGACCGGCGGGAACAGGCUGCUUCAACUAGUGCUCCGCGAGCAACACUGAUCGUUACCCCGAAGUCAACGAUUUACGGAUGGGAGUCACAAAUAGUACGCCAUAUCUGUCCGAAGCGGGUCAAGUGGGUGACCUACCAUGGGAGCGAUCGUCAUCAACAGCAUAGCAGGCUAGACGCGUAUGAUGUUGUCUUAACGACCUACGAGACUUUGAGGGCCGAGGAGGGAAAAAGAGACUCGUUGCUUGAACACGAAUGGGAAAGAGUCAUUCUUGACGAAGCCCAUCGAAUUCGAAACCCAUCCUCAAAGACCUUUCAAACAGUCCAGUCUCUACACGCCCAAUACCGAUGGUGCCUCACGGGAACGCCCAUUCAAAACCGCCUGGAGGAUUUCGGUGCGCUGCUUAACUUCAUUGGAGUUCCUCCCUUCGACUCCGUCAGUGCCUUCGACAAAUUCAUAGUGGGUCCGAUCUCGAGCAAGCGGAAAAACAGCCUCGAUCUCUUGAGGAAAGUGGUACGUGCAACAUGCCUGCGACGAACAAAACUGGACUAUGCGGCUGCUCUCUGCUUACCCCGAAAAAGCGAGCGCAUCGAGCGAGUGCAGAUGGAGCGCGAGGACCGGGAACUCUACGAGUUCUUCAAGCACUUCUCCUAUCUCCGGGCCGCGAAAGCUACGGCGACAAACAAAGGAGGGGCCCAGAUCCUUGUGCUGAUCUCGCUGCUGCGGUUGAUUUGCAAUCAUGGCGCGGCGCUGCUGUCGGAAGCGGCUCUCAACGUAUGGCGCGAACGGGAUGACACAUCCCUCGCCUGGAAAGUGCUCGAAGCUGAGACGGGGCAAUGCGCGGUAUGUACGCAGUCUACCCAGGAAUCGCGCUCCGACGGGUCCCGGAUGGAGGAACUGUCUUGUGGUCACCGCAUCUGCGAAAAUUGCGCAGCGGCCACGAGCCAGACGCUGUGCCACAAAUGCGAAGCUACCCCGGAUCCUGGCCCGUGUUCUAGCUCAUCAUUACCGUUACGGACGAGCGUCACCAACACCCUCGCUAUGCAAUACAAUCCAUCCGCCAAGGUCAAAGCCCUGCUGCACAAUAUCACUGGACGUCAAAGCCUGAGCGGUAACACCACCGCUGCCAUCAAAUUCAGUGUCGUCUUCAGUCAUUGGACUAAGAUGCUCGACCUCAUCGCCACCGCCCUACAUGAACAAGGCCUCCUAUUCCAGCGAAUAGAUGGACGAUCCUCUCUUGUUCAACGUAAAGAAGCGCUACGAGUGUUCGGCAGCGAUCCUCAAUGCAAUGUCAUGCUUGCCAGUAUUGGAGCAGCGGGUGAAGGGAUAGACCUCACUGCGGCGAGCUCAAUUCACAUCGUGGAGCCCCAUUGGAAUCCGAUGGCCGAAGCGCAAGCCAUCGAUCGCGUGCACCGCAUCGGACAGAAACGUGAUGUGGAAGUGGUCAGGUACAUCAUGCGCGAGUCGAUUGAAUCUUAUGUUCAAUGGAUCCAACAGGAUAAACUUCGCUUGAUAAACGAGGUUCUUUCACCUUCAGAUCAUUGUAAAGAGAAUGUCACACAAGGACGGUGGAGAGUAAGUACCUUAAUCUGCCAGCACCUCUACAGCAUCUUUUGACCCGCAAAUCAUGCUGGACUACCUCUACCUUUGACUGGAAAGACUAAUGUUUCAUCUCAUGGUUAGAGAUUACUCGAGUACCUCGAAUAGGAUAAUAGUUCCAGGCUGCAAGUAGUAUUGUUAUAGAUUAUAUCCAUAAAACAUUUAUUUUUGAGCUAUGAUGGGG